GAUGAAUACCCCGCUGAGUGGUAGAUUUCUCCGCUCAAGACUAGUUGACAUCUUAUUGCUCACAUUGGUACGACAACAUGGUGUCUAUACCAGAGUUCUAUCAGGACAAGAAUGUACUUAUCACUGGAGCAACUGGCUUCAUGGGGAAGGUGCUACUUGAGAAGCUGCUGCGCUCUUGUCCAGCAGUAAAGGCUGCAUAUAUCUUAGUAAGACCCAAGGCGGACCAGAGCCCUCAAGCACGGGUUCAAGAGAUGCUGAACUGCAAGCUUUUUGACAGACUGCGAGAUGAACAACCGGAUUUCAAAGAGAAAGUUGUAGCAGUGAGCAGUGAAUUGACCCAGCCGGAGCUUGGGCUUAGUCAGACUGACAAGGAACUCCUGACUUCCGGCAUUAAUAUAGUCUUUCACUGUGCAGCCACUGUACGCUUCAAUGAAACCUUGAAAGAUGCAAUGCAACUGAAUGUAGUUGCUACCCGCCAACUCCUUGCUUUUGCACAGCUGAUGAAGAAGCUUGAAAUCUUCAUUCAUGUUUCCACUGCAUAUGCACACUGCAAUCGCAAACAAAUUGAGGAGGUCAUUUAUCCACCUCCAGUUGAUCCUAAAAAAUUGAUUGAAGCUUUGGAGUGGAUGGAUGAUGGCCUUGUUCAGGACAUUACAAGAAAACUAAUUGGAGAGAGACCGAAUACGUACACAUAUACUAAAGCCAUGGCAGAAUAUGUUGUACAGCAAGAGUGUGGAAACUUAAAUGUUGCCAUUGUUAGACCUUCUAUUGUGGGAGCCAGCUGGAAGGAACCGUUUCCUGGCUGGAUUGAUAAUUUCAAUGGACCUAGUGGGCUUUUCAUUGCUGCUGGAAAAGGAAUCCUUCGAACAAUGAGAGCAUCAAACAGUGCAGUUGCAGACCUGAUUCCAGUGGAUGUGGUUAUAAACAUGACUCUGGCGGCAGCAUGGUAUUCGGGAGUUCAUAGGUACAGCAGACCAAGAAACAUUUUGAUUUACAACUGUACUACAGGUGGCACCAAUCCUUUCCACUGGGGUGAAGUUGAGUACCAUGUAACAUCUACUUUCAAGAGGAAUCCUCUCGAACAGGCUUUCAGACGGCCCAAUGUAAAUCUAACCUCCAAUCACUUGAUCUAUCACUACUGGAUUGCUGUAAGCCAUAAGGCCCCAGCAUUCCUGUAUGAUGUCUACCUCAGGCUUACUGGAAGAAAACCAAGGAUGAUGAAAGUCAUUAAUCGGCUGCACAGAUCAAUGAUGCUGGUUGAAUACUUCACAAGCCAUUCAUGGGUGUGGAACACCGAUAACAUAAACAUGCUCAUGUGUCAAAUGAGCACAGAUGACAAGAAAGUAUUCAACUUUGAUGUAAGACAGCUCCACUGGGCAGAGUACAUGGAGAAUUACUGUAUGGGAACCAAAAAAUAUGUGCUAAAUGAAGAGCUGUCCGGACUGCCUGCUGCCAGGAAACAUCUGAUUAAGUUGAGAAAUAUUCGCUAUGCAUUCAAUACCAUCCUGGUUGUCCUGAUCUGGAGAAUUUUCAUCGCAAGAUCACAGAUGGCACGGAACAUCUGGUACUUUGUGGUCAGCCUGUGCUACAAGUUUUUGUCCUACUUUCGGGCAUCGAGUACCAUGAGAUACUGACAGAACCACAAGCACUCAGUCACCUAUGCAUUAUAGAUAGCUGUACUGGACAUUGAUAAAUCUUGUGUUAAUGUUUGUAAGAAAUGAAAAAUCUGUAUCUCGUUAAAUGUUGUCAUGUAUGUAAUUUGUUAAAGCUACAUUAUAAUAAUUUGGGUCGGCUAUCUAGCACCAUUAAAAAUACAGAAAUGCACUGAAGUACAGUGAGGAAAAAUCAGUUUCAAGGUUUGAAGUAAGCUUUACAUUGAGGAAAGAAUGAUAUGGGGAAAACUAGUUUUUUUUCCAUUGAGUAACUGUAUUCGAAUUUCAGUUAGUCAUCUCUGCCUCUUCAUGGAAAAUUUAUGAAACAUGUCCUGUUACAAGUAAACUUUGUCUGUAAGUGCUGAUUUACUCAGUGCAUGUUCAGUUUGGCUUUAUCAACUUACCUUUUGGUUAAUGGGUUAGUGCAUUUGGCAUAAAAUUCAAUGGUGAAACAGAAAAAUACACUGUGAAGGAAACCUCCUGACCAGUCAAAUUGAGGUUUGAAUUUGCCUUUGUUUACUUAUCAACUUGAGUGAUCGGAUUUGGUUGAACUUCUUCACCCCACCCGCCUUUCAAUAGCAAUUGUACUGAUUGCUGUUGUUGAACUGAGCAUAAAGCAACAAUGCUGUAAUUAAUUGGUAAACAAGCUCCAGACUUGAAAUUCUGCAUUCUGCUUGGGAGGGGUGUAGUUAACUGAAGGUAUCAGAGGUAACUUGAGUUCAUACUUUCUGCAGCAGUGGCCUGCAGGACAAUCCUUGACUAUUCAGAGAAACUGGGGCAGUGUGUUUAAACUCCGGAAAUUUUAACUGAAUAUCUGAGUGCAAAAAGCAAAUUUGUUGGGAGAAGGUAUGGAUGGGUUUGGUUUCAAUAGAAAAUGAAAUCUAUCAGAGUGUAAAACGGACAAUUGAUCUGCGGUCGUCCAUUUCACACCGCAGCCCCAGACCAGUUUCACCCUCUACUUCCACCACAACGUUUUUCUAAACAAAUUUUGAUUUAGAGAAUUGGGUUUAUCAGAACAUUGAAGCUAACUGCUGCAUGUAAACAUUCCUGAAAGAUAACUGGGAUUGGUGAAUUAACAUAGUAUGAUCUCUGCAGUCAUGUAUAAUUAGUUUGAUAACAUUUAGGGAAAUUAAUGGUGUUUGCCUUGACUUGGGGAGCAGGGAAAGCUAUCUUAUUUGGGGUAUAAGAAUUUGCCUGACUUCUCUGCACUACGGGAGGCGGGGGAGGCUUCCUGCUGAAGAUUUUCGAAGACAUGCAGGAAAAUGUCAUUUACUGUCUGAUUUACUGCCAUUUUCCUUUUGAUUGUUCCAAUUGGGAUGCUGGCAUUGUUGCUUUUGGUAUAAAAGUUGAAAUAAGUAAAGUUUAAUGUUUUUGAAAUUAUGUUACAGGUUGCCUCUUUAAAACUUGAGCUGUGAAUAUUCUCUCUACCUUUUGCAUCUUCAUGACAAGUGUAAUCUUUAAUAUCUCACUAAUAGAAAUGAUUCAAAUAGUUCGUUUAACUUGUGGGUAUUGCUUCGCCUCUGCCCAACUAACCUUAAACAUGGACACAUCUCAAAUCGUUCGAUUAAUUAUAAACAAUGCACUUACUAUUGAUGUGAUUACAGCUCUUAACCUACAAUAUUGACCAUUUGACCUUACUAAUUAAUAGUUGUUGGUACUGGUGCUUGUUUGAAUGAAAUAUGGCAUUGAGGUUCUCAUGUUUAUAUUGAAAAAUCAAGAUGAUCUAUUCCAAAUUAAUGGCAAGAGGUUAAAUGAAGCCAAGACCCAAAUCGCCAGCCUUUAAUUUGCAGCACUGUUUAUGCAGUCUCAUCAUUAUUAUGGGUUUUUUAAAAGAAAUAUUCCUAAUUUGACAGCAUAGAUAUGCUUAUUGAUGGAAGUCCCCAGUAACUUGUCACAAAGUUGCUUUUUCCUUCGCUUAUGGAGCUUGAGAUGACUGCAGUGAGUAGUUUGGCAGCUGAACUACAUUGAUGCACUGCAGCAAAAAUGUUAAUUGGUUACUCAGCAUCCUCUGCUUUGAGUGAGGAAGGAAUGGCUGGACAUCAAACCUGUAAGAAAAAACUUUAUGGAAUGCUCCAGUCUUCAGAAUGUUGUUUGCCUUCUGUAGCAAAAAGUUUGUCCUGUUUGCCCCUUUCCAUUUCACUACCACCUCCUGAAUCUCCAAGCUGGGAGCCAGCGCCCAGCCCGAGACCUGGUUAAAUUUAUCAUAUGAAGGUGUCUGUCACUUUCAGUGUUAGCAACUGAAAUUCGAGCCUAACCUUAGGUGGUUGUAAGAAAGAAAAAUAAAACAUAUUUUGUAAACAUUGAAUGUCCUUUUCGAUUUAGUUAACUGGAAGCUGGUGACUUUGUGAUGCUAUAUUUUUCUUCUUAAAAGACACACAAUCUACAGGGGAUCAUUGUUGAAGACUCCUGGACUAGGCUGUAGACAACACUUAAAAGAAAUUUGCAGCAAUGCAUGGGGAAAGGAGCUGGUAUGCAAAAAUGGCACAGGCUUUUGCUGUGCUCUUUAACAAAAAUGUUGUAAAAAUAGUACUUCAAUGUGCAUUGUGUGGUUGGCUGCCUUAAAUAAUAAUGACUUUUUUAGUGAAUGUUUCUACAGAGGACAAUAGAUGACAUUUGUAAUCAAAAUAGUUAUUAUUUAUUGGUUAUCAGCAGGUGUACCAGUGAGGUUAAAUCUGUAUUGGAAUUAAUUUUAGGAAAACUGAUUUUCUGUGCACUCAAAUUAAAACUUUUUUCAUUCUGAAAGCAAUGUUAAAAAUGCUACACUGCAAUGGCAGCAUUCAUAUUUUUUACACUGUUUGUAUGAAAAAUGGACAAGUGUCGGUGUCACAGUUUGCAGUACAACUACACUGAUUUAUGGAUGGAAAAUUAAAUGGGUGCCUUUGAGAACCAAAAAA